AUAGAGCUCUCCUAAAGAAGCAAUAUCGAUCAGACUGAAAAGUAUAGAAUAUAAAAGCAUUUGAAGACAAUAGCUAUCAAUCCACAGUAUGAUGCAGCUUGUUUUAGUGAUUUAUAUGUUGGUGCAUUUUUCCAGUUCACAUGGGUCCUUGUCAACUGGGGCUUACAUGAUGGAAGCCGCAUCUAUUUUGAGGAAUAGGUUGUAGCAUAUGUAAAUGUACAAAUACAACAGUGGACUGUUCUGGUAAACGAUUUUCCAACAACUCUCUUCCAAAUGAUUUUCCACCAAACAUUACCAAAUUGGUACUUGCAAACUGCAAUCUCUAUCAAUUAAAGGACAAUGAACCAUGGCCAUCUAUACAAGCAUAUUCAGAAUCUGGAUAUUGCAGACAACAACAUUGCUGUUCUAAGGAAAGAGACAUUUGCAGGGCUGAAUGACCUAAAGCAUCUGAGCAUGGAUUCUAAUAGAUACUCGGCAAGUAAGGUAGACCCCUAUGUGUUCAGUUCACUGCCAAGCAUUAAAUUCAUUUAUUUGAGAGGUUUUGGUGAUUCUAAGCAAACAGGGAAUUGGAACCUAGCCCCAAUGCAUGGCUAGCAACUUUCAGAGGACUAGAAAAUUCAACUAUUGAAACAAUUUUAUUUGAGUAUCUAACUGUGAAUCCACUAAUAAUCGCGAAAUCGAAAUUCAAGCACUUACAGAGUCUACCAAUUAAGAGGUUGAUGCUAAGAAAUAUGGGUAUCGUUACCAUUGAUAUAGAGUUCAUUGAAUACCUGCCACAUCUGGAAGAAAUUGACCUGUCAGAGAACAGCAUUCAAAUGGCUGUUGAGCCCACUGCAAUUUGGAGAACUGUGAUACAACUAUAUAAAAUGACGAAAUUACGCCGUAUGAUAUUCCAAAAGAACAGUCACCCAACAGACUAUAAUCCAGAUUGUCACCCCCUUUCUAAGAAAAUGGCAAAGCUAGAAUAUGCAAUUCCUAUUGGUCUUGAAGAAAUAGAUUUUGCUCAUUCACGUAUAAGUGGACGUGCCUUUUGCCUUGAUUAUGGGUUGAGACUACAAAGAAAUAACAAACUGACCAUAUUGGAUUUGUCACACAUGAAAGUUAUCAAAAAACUUGGUCCUCUCUUAGGAAUGGUAUAUUUGAAGGCAUUGUAUUUCCAGGAUAACCAAUGCUUCAUUCACCCAACUAUGUUCUCAUGUGUGAAGGGUGCUUUUGAAUCUCUGGAGGUAUUAAAUGUAGCUCAUAACUUCAUUAACAUAUCUGAAGCAAAUAAUACACUUCAGUUGUUUCAGAACUGUUCUCGUCUCCAGCAUUUGGACUUGUCCUACAAUAACAUGGGCAAUGUGCCUUCCACAAUGUUAAGGGAUGCUGCAAAUGUGAAAUCUCUAAACUUAAGUGGAAACAACCUUCGUGACAUUGACCUUGACCUAGAUGGAGCAGUCUCAUUAGAGACAUUGAACAUUUCCCAGAACUAUUUGAAAAUAUUACCGAAAAGCCUCCUCGUUAGUAUAGAAAACCAAAAAGAAGGAUCCAUUUUAAUUGACAUACAAGGAAACUCUUUAGAUUGUGGAUGUAAUUCAAUUGAAUUCAUUGAAUGGAUGCAUUCACACACUGAAAACAUUUAUGAAUGGAGAACACUUGAAUGUACCUAUCUCAAUGGUACCUUCAUCAAAAUGCACACAAUCGAUGUACAAAUGUUGAAGUUGUCUUGCUGGGAAAAUGUUAUUUUAGCGAGUGGAAUCUCUUGUGGUGUUCUGCUGCUUUUAGUUCUACUCAUAGUUUUCACAUAUAGGCGUAGGUACAAGUUGAACUAUUUGUACCUUCAACUAAGAGCAGCUCUUCGACACCACAACCAGGAGAAUCGGGACUUCAUAUUUGAUGGCUUCAUCAGUUACAGCUCUUUUGAUAAAAUAUGGGGAUUGGAGACCUUGUAUGCUAAAUUAGCAAGUGUGUAUGGAUAUAACAUAUGCAUUGAUGACCGGAACUUUAAACCAGGAGCAACACUCACUGAAAUCAUUGUUGAUACCAUCAGCAAUAGCAACAAAAUCAUCCUGAUUAUAAGUCAGAAUUUUCUGCGAAGUAAAUGGUGUCAAUUUGAAAUGAACCUUGCAAGAGGUGAACUGGCUAAUAGAGGGCGUGAUUGCCUCAUUCUCAUUCUCAAGGAGCCAAUAGGUGUUCUACCACCUGAGUUGAUAUCACCGACACUACGCUCCCUCCUAGAAACCAGAGUGUACCUUGAGUGGAGCGAUGAUGUUGACAGAAUCGAUGUUUUCUGGAGAAAACUACGUGAUGCUCUUGGUGAACCCAUACACCAUGAACAACCACCAACUGAUACACCAUUCAUCUAUGCUAACACAACUGCUGACCAUGCUGACGCUGCUGUGCAUAAUAAUCAUAAUGAUGCUGAUGACCUCAUCAUGCAAUGUGAUGAUGAAGCUCCUUUAUUAGUCAAUUAGGCUCAGACAUAAUGUAUGUUCAGAAUGCUAGUGGGUCGUAUUAAUUCUAUUAUAUAGACCUUUAAUUGGUGUCAUAUUAUUUGGAAUAUAUUGAUUUAUUUUACUCUUUGCUAGCUGUAUAUACUACAUGUACAGUAUAUCUACAAAAGUAUAAUUUUACUGUACUAGCUGUAUAUACCAUUAGCUGUAUAUGAUAUUUUCAGUAGUAUUCUUUUACUCAUUUAUUAGCUGUAUAUACCAUUAGCUGUAUAUGAUGUUUUCAGUAGGAUUAUUUUACUCAUUUUUUAGCUGUAUACACCAUUAGCUGUAUAUGAUGUUUUCAGUAGGAUUAUUUUACUCAUUUUUUAGCUGUAUAUACCAUUAGCUGUAUAUGAUGUUUUCAGUAGGAUUAUUUUACUCAUUUUUUAGCUGUAUAUACCAUUAGCUGUAUAUGAUGUUUUCAGUAGGAUUAUUUUA